AAGGGGGGAACCACAGGAAAAAGAAAGACGAGACAGAGAGGGAAGGAAAGAGGAUAGAAUAGAAAAGGAGAGAGGGGAGUACAGAAGAGAAAAAAAAAAAAAACACACAGAAAGAAGCAUUGCCAGCCAUCGUCUUCGUCACCAAGCACCAGCUUCGCCUCCAGCUGCACCAGGGAACAGGGAAGAAGAAAACGAGAGAGACGGCAAACAGAAACAAAAAAAAAAAAAGGAAGAACCGGAAGAAAAAAAAAAACAAACGAAAAGGAGAAGAUAGAGGUCCAAAGCAUGUUGUUGCUUUCGUUGCUUCCAGUGGAAAUUGUAGUAAAGGGCCAUCCAUUUCAAUGCAGAAGAAGCAGCUCAAGAUAAAUGCUCUCCUUGGAGAUAUUAGAGAUUUCAAUUCAAAUUUCCUUUUAAGUAGGUAUUUAUGAUUCUUAUUUCUCAUUUUUGGUCAUUCCAACAAUUCCAUUGUAGUCUACUCUGAUGAACUCUCAGAUCCAAAUGGCUAAUUUAUUUUGAACGAUCUCCUCUUGUUCUCUUUUUAUCUAACAAAAUGCUGUAGAAAAUUAAGAAGAAGAAAAAUACGUCUAGACAAAGAAGUUAUAAAUCAGUACUUAACUUUUUUGACUAAUUUGUUUUCCCACACUUUCGUGGAAAUUGUACUGUCUCAUCAUGAACUUGGAAUUUGAUGCAGGAGACUUGGCUUCUUGACUUGAAGAAAUAGACUAACAAAUCAAUGCAUCUCCUCAACGUGUUCAAUUAAUGAUCAUCUCUUUUUAUCUAACAAAAUGCUGUAGAAAAUUAAGAGCUUCUAGACUUUAUUGUUAGCUUAAACUUUGAAUGAUCUCUUGUUAUUUGCUGCUGUUUGUUGUAUAUCUACAAAAUGGCCGUGGGUGGUGCAAAACGUGCUCUUCUUUUGAUUCAUAUACUCAGUGUUGCCGGCAAUGGAUACAGUUCUGUACAAGAGAACAACCACGGGAGUGAUGAUCAUGAACAUCGGAAAAAGUUGGAUUCUUCACUCAAAAGUGGGUUUUUAAUAGGUUAUGUCUUCUCUUCGGUUUCCAUUAUAACUAUUUUCAUGUCCUAUUGUGUGCCUUGGGCUCGUCUCAUCAAGAGGAAAGGGAAAGAGGUGACGAUGAAGACACCAAUGAUGACAUCUUUGAUGGAAAGGCAAGAGAUGAAGAGAAAAGAAGCCAACGUGCAGAAUUCGGAGUUGGAGAAGUUGGUCACAAGAAUAAGUUUCGCGGCACUCAAUAUUGCAACUCGCAGUUUUGACCAAGACAAUGUCAUCGGAGUCGGAAAGAUGGGGACAAUGUACAGGGCAGCACACCGUUAUGAUUUGUUUACUGCAGUUAAGAGGUUACAUGACUCUCAACAUUUAGAAAAACAGUUCUUGUCUGAGCUAAUCAUUCUAGGCAAGUUUAGACAUGCGAACAUAAUUCCACUACUGGGAUUCUGCAUAGAAUCCAGGGAAAGGCUUUUGGUGUACAAAUAUAUGCCAAAUGGGAACCUUCAUGAUUGGUUACAUCCUGUGAAAUGCAACGCUGAAAAACUGGACUGGCAUGUCAGGGUUAAAAUCGCCAUCGGAGUAGCCCGAGGCUUGGCAUGGCUUCAUGAUUUUAACAACUUCCUAAUAGUUCAUCUUGACAUAUGCUCAAGGAGCAUCUUGCUGGAUAAAUAUUUUGUACCAAAGAUAUCAAAUUUUGGAGGGGCAAUGCACAGGCGAUCAAAUGACAAGGGCUUAAUUGCAAGUAGUAAGAUAGGUGAACUGGAAUUGAUCAAGCAGGAUGUCUAUCAAUUUGGAAUUCUUCUUCUUGAGCUAAUUGCAGUUCAUGAUCCUGACCAUAACAGUAAAUCAUCUCACACUCUAGAGGAGAAUUUGUUUGAACGAAUCGCUCAUCUAUCGAGCAGUUCUUCUGGCCUCUUUCAUGCUGUUGAUAAAUCUCUUCUUGGUCAAGGAUUUGAUGGUGAAAUACUUCAUUUUCUGAAGAUCGUAUCUAGCUGUAUUCAUCCCAUUCUAGAUCAAAGGCCAACGAUGCUUCAAGCAUUCCAAAUGUUAAUGGUUCUCAGGAAGAGAGAGAGAUGCAUCGAAAAUCCUAAGCUAUUGGCUCAACUGACUGGUCGCCGCUAAUUAAGGUGAUGAUAGAGCAUUGAGCUGGAGUUAGCAGAAACAAAAUGAAACAGCAGAUUUGUGUAUGCUAUAUAAUAUCUGUAAGUGAAACAAUACAGAUAUGGCCUCAUUGGUAAAGCACUCUUCGGGAGUGUUAUUGGAAGGCAGUAAGUUUUCCAAAUUUUUAUUUUUUUUCUUUUAAUAAAAAAUUUCAAAUUAAUAUU